AUGUUUUUUUAAUCAAUAAAAAUAAUCAGUUUCGGUGCUGAUUACGAUAUCCUCCAAGAAUUUAAUGACUUUUCCAAAUAAGAUAAACCUUAUAAUAAAUAUUAGAUAGUUGUAAAGAAAAAUGAUCAAGAGUCUAAAUAGAAAUAUAUCGCUGCCUACUACCCUUUUAAUAAAUAAUAAAGGGAUAUCAUCGAUAUGUUUUACUUAGUGAAAUAAAUAAAAAUACUAAAUAUUAUAAAUAAAGAAGACUUUUAUCAUGAAGAUGAUUAAUUCAUUAUAGUCUAUCCAUUUUUAUAAAAUUACUAGCUAAGUGUUGAAUCAAUUAAACAUUUUGACAAAAAUAUGAAGACUUCUAUCUUAGUUUAGCUAAGCAUAAGUAAAACUAUUAUAUUUAAUAAACUUUAGCUCUUUUAGAAAUGGCAAAGAGAAGAAUUCCUUUUAAUAUUACAAAUCUAAAUCAAUUAGUACUCAUCGACGGAAUAGUUUUUAUCAACAUGCAAGAGUUUCAUUAUUAUGAAAAAUCAACGGAUACUUAAUCCUUAAAUUACUUCAAACAAUUUAGUAACUUUUAAAUAUUAAUAUUGAGUUAGGAAUAACUUUCGAUUAAAUGAAAUUUAGGAAAUUGAUCAAUUUCAUUUUGAAGCCAACACAAUAGAAUCUUUCACUGAAUCCAUUUUGUCAACCUUUAAUUUAAUAGUUAAGGAUUAUGAAAAUGCAUAAUAUUUUAAAGUUUUCUAACACAUUUUUAAAGUAUCCAACUACACACAAUUGGCUGACUUUUAAGCAAAUUCUCAUAUUUACAAAUUCUAAAAGUUGCCAGUUUUUGAAAAGAUUUUCAGCUUCUCUUUGACUUAAGAUAUCAUAGCUAAGUCCACAAAAAUCUAAGGAGAAGAGGAUCAAGAUAUUGAAGAUGUUAAGGUCAAUAUCACAAGAGAAAUAUAAUUGAUGGAGUUAUUUGAAGUUAAUCAUGAAAUAGCUGCUUGUUUUAAAUAUAUAAGAAUCUUGGAUCAAUCUUACUUAUUUAUGCGAUAUUAUUGUAAGAAUUUGAGAUAGUAUUUCGAAUUAAUGAAUUAAAAUCAAUCUGUUUAUUUUACAAAAAUAAUUGUUUAUGCAAUUGCUUAUUAAUUCAUUAAAGGAUUAGCUCUAUUACAUUUUGCAGGCAUUAAACACAGAGAUUUGAAGCCAGAGAAUUUGUUUUUGACCAAUGAAAAUAUUUUAUAUGGCCAAAUUCACAUAGCUGAUUUUGAUAGAUCCAUUAUCUAAUAAAAAGAUAAUCAAGGCUUAGACAUUGAUUAUUUCGAUCAAACCAAUACACCAGAAUAUAAUCCUCCAGAAUAAAGAAAAUUAAGAGAUCAUUCUGUUGAUAUAUGGCAAUAUGGAUUAACAAUAUACGAAGUCGCCAAUAAAGGUUAAUAUCCAGGGGCAAGAAUCUGCCUUGAUUUUAAUCAAUAUUAUUCCCCUUAAGUCAUAGAGGGUAGGCUUUAAUAAUACAAUUAUGAUAAAGAAUUUCUGGAUGUAAUUAAGUCGUGUUUAAAAGAAGAUCCAUAAUAACGACAAUAAGCUCGAGAAAUUGAAAGAAUAAUGUAAAAAUUAUACGAAAAAGAAUAAUCGAAACAGGCUAAAGGACCCAAACUUUUUUCAAGCUAAAGUUUUAAAUGGCAAAAAAGUCAUCAAAUUGAGGAGCAAGUUGUCAAUGAUAUAUGAAUUAAAA